ACACGUACCUCUACUCUCCUCUCCUCUCAGCACGUGCUGUCUCUCGCGCUCCUCCCUCCCUCUGCAAAACCGAGAGAAGAAUAACAAAAAUACAAAAAAAAAAAAAAAAAGAAACCGCAGCUCCGACGAAGAGCAGCUGCAGAGCCUCACCGGAGAGGUCACCGGGAAGCCUAUGCAUGAUGACGUCGUCGUAGAAGACCAGCACGCUGAGGAGAGAGAGGGGGGACAAGGACAGGGACGAGAGGGGGGGCACUAACGCCCAAGAGCGCAAUCAGAGAUCUGCUAAAUGCACGCCUCUAAACGGAUCCCGAGCAGCGGUCACACAUCGCCGUCGCCACCACAGUCUCCCCUCCGUUCUCCUCGCUACCGCGGGCGGUCCAAGCCUGGCCGGUUCCCUCCGGCGGCGGCUCAGCGUACCAUAGCUCAUCGCCUUGCUUGGCUUCUCCUCUCCGUUCUCCUCCGUCGCCAGGGGAUUUUCUUGUUCGCCCCGCUUAUCUACAUCUCGGGAAUGCUUCUCUACAUGGGGACUGUGUCCUUCGAUGUCGUCCCCCAGAUUUCUCAUAGGCCUGCUCCUGGUUCGAUUUAUAAGAGCCCCCUCGUUUAUGAGAAGCUCCGACCUGAAAUGGAUGCCGAUAAUUCUUCUGCUGAUGCGCUGUUAACUAUAUGGAAAAAUUCAUACAAAAGUGGCGAGUGGAAACCAUGUGUGAACAAGUCGUUGGAAGGUAUACCAUCUUCUAAUGGGUACAUAUAUGUUGAGGCCAAUGGAGGUUUGAAUCAGCAAAGGACUUCGAUAUGCAAUGCAGUUGCUGUUGCUGGCUAUCUGAAUGCAACACUCCUGAUCCCUAAUUUCCAUUACCACAGCAUCUGGAGAGAUCCCAGCAAAUUCAAAGACAUUUAUGAUCAAGAAUUUUUUAUGACUGCCUUACAAAAUGAGGUGAGGGUGGUUGACAAGAUUCCAGUAUAUCUUAUGGAGCGGUUUGAUCACAACUUCAGCAAUGUAUUCAACUUCAGAGUAAAAGCAUGGUCACCUAUUGAAUAUUACAAAGACGUAGUCCUCCCCAGGCUACUUGAAGAAAAGGUUGUAAGGAUUUCUCCAUUUGCGCACCGCUUGUCAUUUGAUGCACCGGCAGCUGUCCAACGCCUUAGAUGUAUGGCAAACUAUGAAGGUCUAAGGUUUGCAAACCCCAUAUUGACAAUGGGGGAAAAUCUGGUGGCGAGAAUGAAAGAGCUGAGUGCAAGCCAUGGUGGGAAAUAUGUUUCUGUACAUCUGCGCUUUGAGGAGGUUAGUUAUCGUUUAAUCAGAAUCAAGGACAUGGUUGCUUUCUCUUGUUGUGUGUUUGAUGGUGGUGCACAAGAAGAUAGAGACAUGAGAGCAGCUAGGGAAAGAGGCUGGAAAGGGAAAUUUACAAAGCCUGGUCGAACCAUACUUCCUGGAGCCAUCAGGCUUAAUGGCAAGUGCCCCCUUACUCCCUUAGAGGUCGGUCUGAUGCUUAGGGGAAUGGGUUUUGGAAAGGGCACAUAUAUAUAUUUAGCUUCUGGAAAGAUAUACAAUGCUGAGAAAUAUAUGGCUCCAUUGUUGGAAAUGUUUCCAAAUUUGCAGACAAAGGAUACACUAGCGACCCCUGAAGAACUAGCACCAUUUAAGAAUUUCUCUUCCAGGAUGGCUGCACUAGACUACACUGUUUGCCUUCACAGUGAGGUGUUUGUGACAACUCAAGGUGGCAACUUCCCUCAUUUCUUGUUAGGCCAUCGGAGAUUCUUGUAUGGUGGACAUGCGAAGACAAUUAGGCCAGAUAAGCGGAAGUUAGCUCUGCUGCUUGAUAAUACAUCCUUAGGAUGGAAGAUUUUCAAACGACAAAUGUUGAACAUGCGGUCUCACAGUGAUUCCAAGGGGUUUGAAUUCAAGAGAAUGAAUGACUCGGUAUAUUCUCAUCCAUGCCCUGACUGCAUGUGCCGGAUGAACAAGGCAGUAUAGAGAAUUUUUGGCAUGGUUGUGAUUCUCUCAUUAUAUCUUUAAAACCCUGGCAAACAAAUCCUGGGGAAGUUUGAAUUCAAUGGUGGGUUGCAGGGCUUGUGGUAGUAAUGUGGGGGCCGGUCAUAUGUUGACCAGAACCAUGACCGAUCAUCUUGUACAUGCACAUGGAGAUGAAGUUGGGGAUAGGAGAAAGGAAAGUUGUGAUUGUUUGUUAAGGUCAGCUGCAGGCAGGCAGGCAGAGGCAGAAGAUCUUCCUUUGUACCCUAACCAAAAGUAAAGCUGUAACAUUCAUAGGAUGGCCGAGGGGAGGGUGUUUUAUCUUGUUGGUUUUGUUUGUUUGUUUGUUUGUUCAAAUGCAGAGUGUGUAAAUUAUGUCUGAUCAUUUAGGUGUUGUGUGCCAUCGCAAGCUCAAGAGGCCCUUCCCAUCUCUGCUUAGAAAGAUACGGUAGUCAGAGUCAGUCACAGGGAGGUUUUACUUGACAUAGCCCCAUUCAUUGUACAUUCACACUGGAAGAAUGAAA